GGACGCAGCGCCAGCUGGGCUUCUGACUCGCUGCGCGGGGACAGCUCAAAGCCACUGGGACAGCGGAGGACAGUGGGCUCACCUCCUGCGCGAUCGCUGGAGAGUGCCGGGGAUGCGCUGGGUGGGAGAGGGUGUGGGCGCGGGGGACGGGUCCUGUGCCCAGAGCGGUGGGUUCCGGGUAGGGAAGCCGAGCGUGACCGCGACGGGGGUGGUGGGGUUGGUGGGAGGCGAGGAGAAGAGGCCCCCGGAGCAGACCGCGCUGGGUGCUCGGUGGGUCAUUGCCGUUGCGGGAGACCCCUCCGGGAUCGGCGUGUGAGGAGCAGAAGUAACCAGGUGAAAAGGAGGGAGAGGUUGGGGAGAUGGAUCUGAAAGACUCAGAAACCGCUGGGAACCUUCACCUGGGACCCAGACGGGGCCCAGGAAAGGCAGAUGAAGAAGCAGAGGGGGGUCGGGGGGCCACCCGAACGUCUAAGCCCAGACUGAAUGACAGAUCCCUACCGCUUAGGGGGACGCCCUCUGGCCCGCCUGUCUAAGGCACUGCAGGAAAGGCUUGGAGAGUCAGGAGGUGCCGGGUACCCGACCCCUCCUGGAGCGCCGGCCCGUAGCGCUGGAGCCCGCAGGCCCCGCCCGGGAGGCAGAGUUGGGGGCAGGCUUGUCCCACCGACCUUGCGGGGAUGGCCCCGCCCCCGGGGCCGAGCUUCUCCCGCCAGGUUCCCGCUCCGCGAUGGCCUCGGCACUGAGCUAUGUCUCCAAGUUCAAGUCCUUCGUGAUCUUGUUCCUCACCCCGAUCCUGCUGCUGCCACUCAUCAUUCUGAUGCCCGCCAAGUUUGUCAGGUGUGCCUACGUCAUCAUCAUCAUGGCCGUCUACUGGUGCACGGAAGUCAUCCCUCUGGCUAUCACCGCCCUGCUGCCUGCCUUGCUUUUCCCACUCUUCAAGAUUCUGGACUUUAAGCAGGUGAGCAUCCAGUACAUGAAGGAUACCAACAUGCUGUUCCUUGGUGGUCUCAUCGUGGCUGUGGCCGUAGAGCACUGGAAGCUGCACAAGAGGAUUGCCCUGCGCACGCUCCUCUGGGUGGGGACCAAGCCUGCACAGCUGAUGCUGGGCUUUAUGUGUGCCACGGCCUUUCUCUCCAUGUGGAUCAGCAACACGGCCACCACGGCCAUGAUGGUGCCCAUCGUGGAGGCCGUGCUGCAGCAGAUGGAGGCCACGAGUUCAGCAUCCGAGGCCAGCCUGGGGACCCUGGAGCUGGCAGAAAAGGGCAAGGCCGGCGAGCUGCCAGGGAACCAAGCGACUUUGGAAGGUCCCUCUGUGAGGCAGCAGGAGGUCAACAGGAAGAAAGUGUGCAAGGCCAUGACCCUGUGCAUAUGUUACUCGGCCAGCAUCGGAGGCACCGCCACCCUGACUGGGACGGGACCCAACGUGGUGCUCCUGGGCCAGAUGCAAGAGUUAUUUCCGGACAGCAAAGACAUCGUGAACUUCGCCUCCUGGUUCGGAUUCGCCUUCCCCAACAUGCUGAUCAUGCUCCUGCUCUCCUGGUUGUGGCUCCGCUUCAUGUACAUGAGAUUCGAUCUGUCCUGGGGCUGCAGCCUGGAGAAGAAAAGCGAGGAGAAAUCUGCCCACGAGGUGCUGUGGGCGGAGUACAGAAAGCUGGGGCCCCUCUCCUUCGCUGAGAUCAACGUCCUGCUCUGCUUCUUUCUGCUGGUCGGCCUCUGGUUCACCCGGGACCCCGGCUUCAUGCCCGGCUGGGUGUCGAUCGCCUGGACAGAGGGAAAGACAAAGUACGCCUCCGAUGCCACUGUGGCCAUCUUUGUGGCCAUCUUGCUAUUCAUCAUGCCUUCGCAGAAGCCCAAGUUCAACUUCUGCAGCCAGACUGAGGAAGAAAGGAAAACUCCAUUCUAUCCACCCCCACUGCUGAAUUGGAAGGUGGCCCAGGAGAAAGUGCCCUGGGGGAUCGUGCUUCUCCUGGGGGGCGGCUUUGCUGUGGCUAAGGGAUGCGAGGCUUCAGGGCUGUCAGAAUGGAUGGGGAAGCAGAUGGAGCCUUUGCACACUGUGUCCCCGACAGCCAUCACCUUGAUCAUGUCCUCACUCAUUGCUGUGCUCACUGAGUGCACAAGCAACGUGGCCACCACCACUCUGUUCCUGCCCAUCUUUGCCUCCAUGUCACGUUCCAUUGGCCUCAACCCGCUGUACAUCAUGAUCCCCUGUACGCUGAGUUCAUCUUUUGCCUUCAUGUUGCCCGUGGCCACCCCGCCUAACGCCAUCGUGUUUUCCUAUGGACACCUCAAGGUUUCCGACAUGAUGAAAACAGGACUAACAAUGAACGUCAUUGGAAUCACCUGUGUAUUUUUGGCCAUCAACACCUGGGGACGGGUCAUAUUUGACUUGGAUCAAUUCCCUGACUGGGCUAAUGUGACAGCACAUUGAGACUUUGGAAGAGUUGCAAGACCAUGCCCACGGCCCCCACCCUCCCAAGGACUCUUGAACCUUCCAGUAUGACUUGCCACAGAGCUUUGGGGUUCAUGUCCCAAAGUGACCCCAUGAUGCCCACACCCUAUGGAGACCCAGCUGACAGGCCAACUCUUCCUCCAGGCCUGGGGUCUCAGCUGGGGAUGGGCUUUGAGAGGGUAGGCUCUGAAGUGAAGGGAGCCUGCCAUGAGUCUGCUGGUGUCCAUCUUUGCUGGGGGCCUGCCAUCACCUCUGAGAUGGUCAGGGUCCUGUCCCCACUCAGCCUCGAGCUGGCCCCCCGGGGCUGGACUCUGGGGUUCACUUGUCAUUCACGUGGGAAUCAGAUCCCAGCUUGGGAGGUGAGAAAACAAACUUCCAGGCCCCGUGCCUCUCCCAGCUUUCCUUAGGCUGCCUUGGAUCCCUCCUGGCACUAGGAGGGGUCAGUCCACAGCCCAGGGACGGAGUGUCUGGUCCUGGGCAGCUUCCCACUGCUAGAGUGAGAGUGGGAACGAGAGCCUCCUGGGACCACUGGGAGUAAGGAUGAGGAACUUGAGUUGCUAACUGCCAGAUGACACGGCCUGCUGCACCCCACUUGUAAUCUGCUCAACUGUAACUGAUGAUUUAGACCCACUCCCCAGCUCUGCAGGACACCUCCUCAGACCCCUUCGUGGUCUGGCUGACAUUUAUUGGGAUCCUCCCCGGCAGGUUAGUUUGUCUCUUCCAGAAGAUGCUUUCCUACCCCAUGACAGCUGGGGUCACACUAUAUAUGGGCAGUGGUCAUACUACACAUAGGCUCCUUUGGGCCCAUAGCUGGAGACCUUGGUCCACCCUCACCUGCAGGGGUAGGGGGAUGGAUAGCUGUUAACCACCAAGAGCAGGCUUCCUUCAGAGUCUGUCUGUCAGGCCGGAGUUUGGGCUCCUCUGGGGAAAGCUCCCUUUGCUGAUUGGCCCUGGCAGCCAAGCCUGGUACGGACAGAGCAUCGCUGAGAACCAGCAGCGCCCAGUGGUUCCCGAGCAGACAGCUCCUGCCCAUGCGUGAAUCUACCUGAAGUUGUGGGACCAAGACUCCAGAGUGGCCUGGGAACCCUCAGAACCUCGGGGAGAGAUGCGUGAGAGUCCUGUCCUCUUGCCCAACAACCCAGUUUUCUUUCCUUCCUGUGCUGCGCCACUGAUGGUAUUUUUCAGAGCAGGAGAAAGUCUGGGAACCUAAAGACCCCCACUGUCUCUACCCGAGGGCCAAGCAUAUACAGCUGGUUCCUUGCGGUGGGGUGAGUCCUGACCGUCCUGUCUCCAGUAGAAGGUGCACCAGGCUGUCUCUGGCUUUCUGCUCUGUGCAGGACGGUGGGGUGGGGAGAGGCAGGUGGAUGAAUGAACACUCACACAUUGCCCACUUCCAGCGUGCCGGGCCUCCCUGCACCCUGCUAACGAUCUCAUUCAAUCUUUGCUGCAGCCUGUGAGAUAGGCAGGUGUUAUUAACCUCCUCUGUCUUUCAUUAGUACUGGGACUCAGAGAGGCCACAUCAUGUCCAGUAGUCACACAUCCAGUUAGUGGCGGCUGAGGUUCUGAUUCAGACCUGCCACCGCUAUGUCCACUGCUGCUUCCUUUAGCCGUUAAGGGCCUUGGCCUUGUAGGGCCUGUAGGGAAAGGUGGGUGACCAAGAGCAGGUCUACCCAAGGCCCUGCCUGCUCAGGGAUUAUCAACAAGAGCCCCUUGCUGCUGCCUCCUCUGAGAGGGCUCAGAGCUCUCUCAGAACAGAUUGGGCUGGUCUUUGCCCUAGAAGAAACAAAGCCUUUGGUUGGAGAGAGCACCGUGGAAAUGGGCCAGCUGCUCUCCCACCAAGGUGAAACCGCACCACCCCUUUAUCACUACUCCCUACACUGCUGCUGCGGACGUGUCUGCCCUCCCCCGCUGCCCCCACAGUGAGGGCUCCGAGGACUUGCACAGCCUGCGGGGCCCAGUGCCGCCGCUACAGCAGGCCACCACAAGUGUGACUAGUAAAUAAAUGAUCAGUAUGGUCAACUGGA